GCACCGCAGACAGAGAGGAGGAGGAGAGAGGAAGGUUAUUUAUGCCUCAGCAGGUCUGGAGGUAUGGAUCUUACAGCGAUGGCUUUCUACAAAGUGAUGUGUUUGGCUGCUGGGCUGAUGCUCCUGACCCAAGAGUCUGAGUCACAGCUGGAUGUUUGUGGUCAGCCAAAGCUCAACACCAGGAUUGUAGGAGGACAGGUGGCCCCUGUUGGCAGCUGGCCCUGGCAGGUCAGUCUGCAAAGAUCUGGGUUCCACUUCUGUGGAGGAUCCCUCAUUAACAGUCAGUGGGUGCUGACUGCUGCUCACUGCUUUCAAACCAGUACUCCAACCGGUCUGACUGUGAAUCUGGGCCUUCAGAGUCUACAGGGAUCUAAUCCCAAUGCAGUGUCUCGGACAGUAACACAGAUCAUCAACCAUCCAAACUACAACUCUGGUACCAAUGACAACGACAUCUGCCUCCUGCAGCUCUCCUCACCAGUGACUUUCACCAGCUACAUUUCUCCCGUCUGCCUGGCAGCUUCAGACAGCACCUUCUACAGCGGUGUUAACAGCUGGGUCACCGGCUGGGGCAACAUAGGAAGUGGAGUGUCGCUUCCUUCUCCACAAAACCUGAUGGAGGUGGAGGUUCCUGUUGUGGGAAACAGGCAGUGUAACUGUAACUAUGGAGUGGGAAGAAUCACUGACAACAUGAUCUGUGCCGGGUUAAGUGCAGGAGGAAAGGACUCCUGUCAGGGGGAUUCAGGAGGUCCAAUGGUGAGCAAGCAGAACGGUCGCUGGAUUCAGGCGGGAGUCGUCAGUUUUGGGGAAGGUUGUGCUGAGCCGAAUCUUCCAGGAGUCUAUGCCAGAGUAUCCCAGUACCAGACCUGGAUCAACAGCCAGAUCUCCUCCAACCAGCCGGGCUUCAUGACGUUCACGUCCACUGGGACCAACAGUGACCUCAGUGUCAACUGCACAGGACUGCCACCAGUGCCUACAACCACUACAACCACCACACUUCCAACAACCACCAACCAUCCAAUUAACACCACACUUCCAGCAAUCCUCACCAGAACGACAAACACAACACUUCCAACAACCACCAACGGUCCAACAAACACCAACCACACAAUUAACACCACCCUUCCAACAACCCCCACCAGACCUACAAACACAACCCGUCCAACAAACACCAACCACACAAUUAACACCACCCUUCCAACAACCCCCACCAGACCUACAAACACAACCCGUCCAACAAACACCAACCACACAAUUAACACCACCGUCCAACAACCCCCACCAGACCUACAAACACAACCCAUCCAACAAACACCAACCACACAAUUAACACCACCCGUCCAACAACCCCAACCAGACCAACAAACACCACGCUGCAUCCAACCACUGCCCAACGUGAGGACCCAUCGUGACAAUACUUUAUUUACUUUAAAACAUUCUAACCUUGAGUCUAUUAUACAUUACAUGAACUUGAACUGAUGGGUUCAUGUGGUUAAAGUUUUUAAGAUUUCUUUGUGUUUGCCUCUGGUUU